AGCCGGGCGUUCCUGGCGCGCUCCGCGCGGCCUCGCCCCGCCCCGUUUAGUAUCGAGCCGGCCGGCCACGCCUGCGCAGUCGCGGCGGCCGGGGAAGAUGGUGGAGGACGGCGCGGAGGAGCUGGAGGACCUGGUGCACUUCUCCGUGUCCGAGUUGCCUAGUCGGGGCUACGGCGUCAUGGAGGAGAUCCGGCGGCAAGGCAAGCUGUGCGACGUGACGCUCAAGAUUGGGGACCACAAAUUCAGUGCCCACCGGAUCGUCUUAGCAGCCUCAAUCCCGUACUUCCACGCUAUGUUUACAAAUGACAUGAUGGAAUGCAAGCAGGAUGAGAUUGUAAUGCAAGGAAUGGACCCCAGCGCCCUGGAGGCUCUUAUCAACUUUGCCUACAACGGCCACCUUGCCAUUGACCAGCAGAACGUGCAGUCACUGCUGAUGGGGGCGAGCUUCCUGCAGCUGCAGAGCAUCAAGGACGCCUGCUGCACGUUCCUCCGAGAACGUCUUCACCCAAAAAAUUGCCUGGGUGUCCGCCAGUUUGCUGAGACAAUGAUGUGUGCCGUGCUUUACGACGCAGCCAACAGCUUCAUUCACCAGCACUUCGUGGAUGUGUCCAUGUCAGAAGAGUUCCUGGCCCUGCCCUUGGAAGACGUGCUGGAGCUGGUGUCUCGGGAUGAGCUUAAUGUGAAGUCAGAGGAGCAGGUCUUUGAAGCUGCGUUGGCCUGGGUCAGAUAUGACCGGGAGCAGAGGGGGCCCUGCCUGCCUGAGCUGCUGUCCAACAUCCGCCUGCCCCUAUGCCGACCCCAGUUCCUGUCAGACCGUGUGCAGCAGGAUGACCUGGUGCGUUGCUGCCACAAGUGCAGGGACCUGGUAGAUGAAGCAAAGGACUAUCAUCUCAUGCCAGAGCGCCGGCCCCACCUGCCAGCUUUCAGAACUCGGCCUCGCUGCUGCACGUCCAUCACAGGCCUUAUCUAUGCCGUGGGGGGCCUCAAUUCAGCAGCAAAUUUUUAUGCAGGUGAUUCCCUGAAUGUGGUGGAAGUGUUUGACCCCAUCGCCAAUCGCUGGGAGAAGUGCCAUCCAAUGACAACGGCCCGCAGCCGCGUUGGUGUGGCUGUGGUAAAUGGGCUUCUCUAUGCCAUCGGGGGGUAUGAUGGCCAGCUCCGGCUGAGCACCGUGGAAGUCUACAACCCAGAGAUGGACACAUGGACCAGAGUGAGGAGCAUGAAUAGCAAGAGAAGUGCCAUGGGGACAGUCGUGCUGGAUGGGCAGAUCUACGUCUGUGGGGGCUAUGAUGGCAACUCUUCUCUCAACUCUGUGGAGACCUACUCACCUGAGACAGACAAGUGGACGGUGGUGACCCCAAUGAGCUCAAGUCGCAGCGCUGCUGGGGUGACGGUGUUUGAGGGCAGGAUAUAUGUGUCGGGCGGCCACGACGGUCUGCAGAUCUUCAACAGUGUGGAGCACUAUAACCACCACACGGCCACCUGGCACCCAGCAGCUGGCAUGCUCAACAAGCGCUGUCGGCAUGGAGCCGCCUCCUUGGGAAGCAAGAUGUUUGUUUGUGGGGGCUACGAUGGCUCUGGCUUCCUCAGUAUCGCUGAGGUGUACAGUUCUGUGGCGGACCAGUGGUGUCUGAUCGUCCCCAUGCUCACACGCCGGAGUCGCGUCUCCCUGGUGGCCAGCUGUGGGCGUCUCUAUGCCGUGGGGGGCUAUGAUGGACAAUCAAACCUCAGCUCAGUAGAGAUGUAUGACCCGGAGACGGACCGCUGGACAUUCAUGGCCCCCAUGGCAUGUCACGAGGGUGGGGUCGGUGUGGGCUGCAUCCCGCUCCUCACCAUCUAAGGCGGAGAGGGGGAUGUGGUGGGGUAGGGAUCUGGUACAAACAUAGGCACUCCCUUCGGGGGACAGGCCCUCUUGGGAGAGGUGAUAGACCAGAGGAUGGGGUGAAUGUGAGCUCACUGGAGGUGCAGCCUUUCCAGGUGCUUACAUCCUCCCUCUCUGUGCUGCCCUUGGGACCUUCAUGCCCAGGUCACCAAGGUGCACCACGUGGAACAGAGCCCCUCUUGGUUCCGCAGCUGGUGACCAUGGGACUGCUUUGCUGGUCCACACGUCCACAGGCUCCAUCCAAGUCCAGCUCCCACCUGCCACUUGCAGAAGGCCUGCCAUCAGACGCUCCUCCUCACCCGCUGUUCUCCAGCCAUGCAUGUUGUGGCCUGUCUGCAGUGGGGUGGCUGUAGUGCUGAGCCUGUUGGAAGCUAGGAUACAGAUGGGGGUGUCUUGGUUGCCUGUGGUGGUGCAGCCACAGCUAUGUGCAGGUUGCGUACAAGCACCUCCCUCUUCCAUCUGGGAGCACAGAGGACUUAGUCCUCAUUGCUAGGUAAUCAGGGAGAACAGAAGAUUUUCCUCUGGAGUUUUGGGAUUUCAGCGAGGUUUUUUCAUCUUGUUGAGGAGUAACAGCAGAGGGGGAAAAAAAGAUACUUGAAAGAAACCAGAAGAAAUGGAAACAAACACUUGAAAGAAAACUGGAAAGAAAAGUACUUUUUUUUUUUUUUUAAGGGAACAUUCUUUGGGAGAAGAAACUGUUAAAAGACAUUAAAGGCGAUGAUGUGUUUCAGUGGAAAACUGCCCACCACAAAAAAGGUGGCGUCCGCUCCCAUGUUCGGGUCCCAGGGUCCUGAGACCUCGCACAGCACUCGGGGUCGCCUCUGAGCCCUCUCGUGUCUGGGAUCAGUGUGCUCUUGACUGGUCCUCUGGCAAGGUGCUCACGGGGUUUCUAUUCACACCCACCAUCAGAGGACUUUUUUUAACCGUAGGUUUAGCGAGUGGGCUGAAUUACGGCCAGCCGCUCUUCUAGGUGGGAGUUCCCAGCCGGUUGCCGGAGGCUCGAGGUGCCCCUGGGUUACCUCCCAUGGCCACCAUGGUGUUCACUCAUAUUUCCCGCCCCCACUUUCAUUCCUCAUUCGACCAGCAAGGAAGAUAGCAGGUCUGGCCAGAUUCUCGCCCAUCUAUCAUUCUUGGAUCAUUUUCCUUGUUGUGAUGCUUCUAGGGCACAUUGACCAUUUGUACCUCUAGAACCUAACCAGGGACUUGGUCCUUCCACCAGCCAUGGCUGGCUUGGUCCAGUAACCUCGUCUACCCUGCCAGUCUACUGCUUCUCCAUCCACUCGCCAAUUCCAGGGGCCUGGCCUCCCUCCAGCCCUUGGCAGACCAACCAGCAAGGUGGACCUUUACAUUCAAGCAAAGCUGACUUUAUAGCAAAGAGCUAAAGGCCUAAAGAAUCUCUUGCUGCUGCAAAGAACCAAUUUUAUAUUUCUUCCUCUGAUCUCAGCAAAUGACCUCUUGAAGAGACUCCAUGCUCCUUCCUCCUCCUCCCUGGACGGGACCUCAAUGUCGCACAGCAGGACCCGAACAGGAGGACACUUCUGUUACCAGUGCACUGGGCAGUGGGGCUGUCUGUCAACUGCUGCUGCCAAAAUCUGGUUUUCUAAAAUGCUUCCAGUACAGACUAAAAAAGGAUGCAGUCCCUUUAAUUGCAAGACUGGGUCUGAGGGCCCCAUUCUCCACCUGGCUGGUCUCCUGUCCCUUGCUGCCUGCCUGGGGUGGCCUGGAAGCGUGUUCAGAAAGGCCCAGUGUGGAGCCUGAGACAUCUUUCCCACCCCGGCACUACAAGGUUUAUGAGUGUGUGCAAUCGCCAUGUAUCCAGAGGGAAGUACCUUAGGCCACUUAGGAGCUGGGCCUCUGCUGCAAGCACUUGAAAAUGAUGUUUUUAUUUUGAAAGCCCCAACAACCUGAUAUAGCUUAGCCCCAGCAUUUCUCCCUCCCUCUUGGUUUGCCUACAGAGGUAGACUCAGAAGGCAGUGGGUAGGUCUAUGUUUCCUGCUAGAGAGGAGUGUGUCAGUACCCAUCUUGUUAUAACCCCUUUUGUGAACUAGAAGCAGACCUCGCCAGCCCAGAUUGUGAAGGGGUUAAGGAUCAGUCAGUGGGCUAACAAGUGGGCUUUCCAGGUCCUCAGGACAGUGGCAUACAUUUUGCCAUUGAGGCUGAUAGGUCAUUUCCCCAUGAUCUUCUGCUCUUGUAUUAACCUUCCUAACUCCACUCCCACCUCCUGGUGCAGAAGUUACACUGCUGCACCUGAGGCCGGUGUUUUGAUCUGGGUGGGCUCUGAGCACAAGGGAGCCAACACCCAACAUUUUCACACUCUUCAGCAGUCAGCUCCUCAGUCUGAGGGGAUGUUUGCAAAUGGCUGGGCUGGCUCUUUGGUGUUGGAGCCUUUCCAGGAGCCCAUGAAGAGAAGUCAUCACCCCAGGAUAUCGUGAAAAGGGUGUAACCAGCAGGUGGGAGAGAUGCCGUGCUCAGUGGACCUAGGAAUCUAGCCCAGCUCUGAGCAUGGGACUGUGGCAUCACUGUCCUUGGGCAUUUCCCCUUCCCAGAUAACAUACAGAGCCUUGUCUUCCACAUUUCACCUGAGAUCAAAGCCAGGAUGGGAGCUGAAGACCAGCCUUUUGACUCAGCCACAGAGAUAGGAGUGGGUAGAAAUUCUGCUCCCCCCCCUUCAUUGUCUCCCAGCAAAUCUUAUUCCUUUUAUUUAUAGAAGGCAUGUCUUUUGUGUUAAAAAAAAAAAAAAAAAACCAAAGAGAAAUAAAGAGUACACUCCUAAUA